CUUUAUUGUCUACAAUUCGAAACAACAAACAUGAGCGACGACAACAUUAUUGUCUGGGACGCAGGCGACGGUUUUGACUUCCUGCCACCCGUGGAUGACUCCAUCUUCGCUGGCAUCCUCGAAGGCGUGGACAUGUCGUCGAGCGACUCGCCAGGCCCGCCGGCGGGCAAACCCACCAAGCGACGGCUGCGAUCUCAAACGGCCCGGAUGGAAAUUCUGACUCUCCAUGAAACCAAAGCCGAAUUGGAGAAGGUCGUGCGUGAUAUCGCGCGGAAUAGAGAUGAUCGUACUCUAGGAAUGUCAUCAAGUGAGCGCAAGUGGGAACAGAUCGCCCGCAACCAGCUCGAGCUCAAGCUCAAGGCCCUGCGCGAAAAUGACCAGCUCCGCGCCGCCGUGGCCGAGCAACACCAGCUCACGAAAGAACUACAGGCCAUCGUGCACAAGAAACCUCGGCGCAUGAUGAUGAAGUUGGACGACGACCAGUGGCGCGUGCUGAAGCUCAGUGCCCACGGAGAGCAGCGGUUGGCAGCUAUUCAUUUGAUUGCGGAUCGACAGCUGGACACCGUCGAGAGCGAACUGCUCACGACGGGGCUGAUUGAGGCCCGCGAUCCCCUCUUCAACGUGAGCUACGUCCAACACGGCAGUGACGCGUAUAUGCAAGGGUGCUGUUGCGUGCAGUACCGCAGGUCCCUGCACGCAGUGGUGAACGCAGCUUGGAAAGCCAUGAACCAUCUCCAUGCUCAUGCUAAGGGAUCCACGCAUCAGCCCCGCCAAGCUUAUUCGAUUCGCAUCGACCAACACACAGUGCUGAUUCGAGUGGCAUUCCAAGCAUCAACAGGGCCCACGAAACUCGAAUCUAGCGUCAUUUUGAAGAAGCGCCAGCUCAGUGCGAGCCACGUCCGCGUGGUGUUUCGCUCCAUCUUGGAUGAUGCAGGGCACCCCUUUGACGCGGAUAGUUAUGUGAGCGACCAAUAUGGAUGGUAUACGUACCAUGUCCAUACAGGAGUAACGUUAGUGUGCAUUGGUUGAAGGAACGUGGACUGGUAGGGUUGAUGUGGAACUGACCGACGACGACGAUGGAUUGGUGACGUACAAGGGCUACGCCAAAGCCAAGUACGUGCUGAAGCCCCGGCAGAACGAUGCCAACCUGGCAGAGCUGCGGACACUCUUGGAAUCAGUGCACCUCGACGAUGGCGAGUCGUUUGUGGAAGACAAAGACCCGAUCAAGUUGGCCGAAGAAGUGUUUCGGACGUCGUUUCACGGGUUUGGACUGCUCUUCGAAACGAUUCUUGCCGCUGAAGAUGACGUCGAGCGUGUGGAUGCCACUAACACACAAUAACAUAUACGUAUACUACGUAGUACUACUUACUAUACAAUAGUACUAGUAAAUUCUGUUUGCAAA